AUGGCAAAGGCUCCGGAAUCUCAGGCGCCACUGGGUCCCAAACACUUGGCCACGGUCGGCGAUUUCCUGCUGUUGCGAGGCUGCGUCUUGAAUGUCACGUGCAAAGUCCUCAAGGUGACCGAGAAGGGAAGAACCCAGUACUUCCCAGCUCCUCGGAAUAGGAGCCCUCCGGCCUCCAGUUCUGAGCCUCCAGAGGCUGUCCCCAAGCAGAGAACCAGGAGGACAAGAGGCCACAAGAGGAAGAAACUGGUGGAUGUCAAGGCAGCUGCCCGGAAGAGCACUCCCCUGACCUCCAAUUCCACCUCCUUGGAAGCUGUCUCUGAACUGAAGUCCUGGAGGAAGAGAGGGCAGAAGAGGAACAUAUGGACUGUCAAUCAUGUUGAGGGGAUGAAACUCAGGAUAAACAAGAGGAGAAGACCCAGUUACCGUCCAGAAGACCAAGAAGCAUUCUACCGGCUGCUGGAGGAUCCUGUUAUCCAGAGCUUCUUGGAAGCUGACAUUUUCCUGAAAGUGUCUGACAAGUACCUGCUCUCCAUGGUGGUGGAGUACUUUGGCCGCGUCGGGCUGCCGGGUCACCUCUACAACAGGAUCCACUUCUUCCUGGCCCUCUACAUCGCCUCCGACAUGGAGGAGGACAACCCCACGUCCAAGCGGAGCAUCUUCCAGUUCCUGCUCGGCAGGGAGCACUGGCCAGACCUCUACAAGGAGUUCCUCAAGCUGAAGGUGGAAUUCUUCCACGCGAUGGGGCACCGAGCCUGGGUCACCCUGGAGCUGUGUGAGGAGGUCUGUCGGGGGUGA